AUGAGAGAUUAUAAAGUAGUAGUUUUAGGUGCUGGCGGGGUUGGUAAAUCGUCAGUUACUGUUCAAUUUGUUCAGGGUGUGUACGUCGAAAGUUACGACCCAACUAUCGAAGACUCAUACAGAAAGCAAAUCGAAAUAGAUGGUAGAGCUUGUGAUUUGGAAAUUUUGGAUACGGCAGGGGUAGCCCAAUUCACAGCCAUGAGAGAAUUGUACAUUAAAUCAGGUAAGGGAUUCUUGUUGGUGUAUUCUGUGACCGACGAAAACUCGUUGAAAGAAUUGUUGGCUUUGAGAGAACAGGUAUUGCGUAUCAAGGAUUCUGAUAACGUGCCAAUGGUCUUAAUUGGUAACAAAUGUGAUUUAAAUGACGAUAGAGAAUUAAGUAUCGACGAUGGUAUAAAAGUGUCACAGGAUUGGGGUCUUGUGCCAUUUUAUGAAACCAGUGCCAUGUAUAAGACAAACGUUGACGAGGCAUUCGUCGACGUUGUAAGACAAAUCAUGAGAAAAGACGCAGCUACCAGUGCAGAAAAGAAACAACAGAAGGAAUUACAAAAGCAAAACGAGGUGACGGCAGACGAAGCAGGUGACAACAACGCUGUCGUCGCUGCUGAUGCUACAAAUACUACUUCUAAGAAUAAAGAUCUGUCCAAAAAAGCCCGUUCUAAUCAAGCCAAAAAAGACGCUUCCAAUCCAGAUUCCAAGAACAAGUCCAAAUGCUGUGUUAUAAUGUGA